AUGACGGGCAGAGUGCCGUCGAUUGCAUGCAUAGGGGUCAUCGGGAAGCACAACAAUCCCCUUCACAUUUCUCUGUUUCCGCCAGAAGAACGGGCACCCCUGGAAUUUCAGUUCCUUCUCUCGUCAUGCCUGGACAUCUUCGAGGCACGGUUACCCCACAAGCCCGCGGACCAGGACUUUGGGCUCCUUCAAGCUGUCGAUGAGCGCCUUGCCAUGUACGGGUGGUUGACGAACACGGGCGUCAAGUUCGUCAUCGUGGUAGACAUGGAGGGGCGGCCAGCGACUGCGUUAGACAGCAAAGCGGCCAUGGCUGUGGGCUUGAGAGACGCAGACUUGAAGCCAGCUUUCAGGGCGCUCCACACGGCAUAUAUCAUGCUAUUACGGAACCCCUUCUACAGCCCCGAUGAGCAUUCCCCAGUGACUGCGAACGCGGAGCACAGAGUAGGCUCUACCCAGAUCACCAGCCGCAAAUUCAUCCAGGAGGUCAAGAGAAUUGCGGAUACCUGGGCACCUGGAAUCACAAACAUCUGA